UUGUUUUGUAACGGCGCUAGCGGCGCUCUCUUUGCGAGCAGUACACGGCGGUUGCACAGCGGCGGCGCGAUGCCGCGCUUUCAAAGUGCCUGUGAACAUUUUGUUUUAUUCAACAAAAACCGAGAUUGAAUGAAACGAGAGCUAAUGACCGAGCUUGUCAUUAAAUGUUUCUAAAGAUUGAGUGGCGGGAUUAUAUUACGUAAAUUGAGGAAUUAGCAUAAUAGAUAACACAGUCGCUGACGUUAAGCGUCAUAGCGUGAAAACAUUGGUUACACCACAUGGUUUACACCCUUUUCUAGUUCACACAGCACAUGGAAAACGACUUCGUUUUGCACCACCGACUCCCCGACUUGUGGCUCUGGCUGCUCUGGGUCAUGCGUGUUGAGCAGGUUAAAUUUUCCUUUCAACCUAAAAACCACUCUAGCAGUGCGCCGACCUUUGUUGAUCACGAUCACAGUCUAACAGUCUCAUUACCAACGCCGUAAAGUUGCAAUAUUUUUUACAGCUCCAUAGAAAAAGCAAAAAACAAAACCGAAACUCGUAGGUGCGUCAGGUACGUUUUGCACGGAAUGGCACGGAAGGUCUUGUUGCGUGAGGCGCUGGUGCGCGCACACGGCGCGCACGGCGCACACACACACAAGCUGGAGGGGACAAAGGGAGGGGAACACAGAAAUAAUUAAACAAACUAUUUAUGAUUCUAAUAUAUUUGCAGUAGAAAAUUUUUAAAUAAGAUUUUAUUUAUGAUUUUUUAUUUAUAGACGUCGACUACUAUGAAAUCCGUGGAUUAUACUAGUCCUGGAAUCCAAGUCAAUCCAGCGUUUGUCGUCGCUGUACCGCUGUACUGGCUGUACCGCAGGACGCCUGUAGCGCUGGACGCCGCUGUAACCUUCAACCAACGCAAGGCCGCUACAACUACAACUACAGCUACAGCGUAAAAUGUUGAAACAUUGACUGCGCUUUAUAACUUCACAGACGCAUUGUUUCGGAUUACGCUUCCGCAAUCACCAGCCACCAUGAGAACAGCCGUAAUUGCAGCCACCCGGCCAAAAGAGCGUUCGUAUUGCCUUCGUCGGGCCGCGCACUGACAAGGGAGAAAGCAGAAAAAGGAAAAAAAAAAAGAAGGACCGUCGCUUCCCUCGUCGGUUGUUUGACCAUAAGCCAGGAUGUCAGACACCUGGAAAGACAUGCAAGCCUUCAAGUCGCGGCAGACGAGCCUCCGUGAGCGUCUGCAGCGGCGCAAAAAAGAGCGGCAAGAGAUCGUCCAAGGCAUUUCGGCCGAGGCCUCCGUCACCGACGACGGGUCCGCGGUGGGCGCCGCCGCUACCGCGGCGCCGACCUCGGGAGCCAGUAGCCAGCCCCGGUCACCGCAGCCGCACUCGCCCCGAGCGCAGCAGGACCCGGAGCCCGACGGCAGCACGGCCGCCGACGUCGAGGAAGUCGAGAGGCGGCUGCUCCGCUGCUUGCUCGAUGUGGCCCUCGACCUGCCGGCGGAUUCGAGGCGUCUCCAGGGUGUCGUGAGUCGGUCCCUGGGCCGCGAGGUGCCACACCUUGACCUGGAGAACCUUCUGCACAAGCUGGCCGCGCAAGAGUUGAUUGGCGUCCGCGAGUCGACCACGGCCGAGGGCGAGGCAUGCCUGCUCGUCACGUCGGCCGAGCACACCCGGCUGCAGGCGUUCGCCCUCGCCGACGGCGCCGAGGCGCCCCAGUCCCGCGCAGGCACCAAGCGGCAGGCCCCGGACCCGAUCGAGUCGCUGCUCUCGCUGCCGUCGGCGCGCGAGAAGGAGACCAAGCAGCUGGGCGAGGAGAUCCUCGAGCUGCUGAGCAAGCCGACGGCCAAAGAGCGCUCGCUCGUCGAGCGCUUCAAGUCGCAGGGCGGCGCCCAGGUGCAAGAGUUCUGCCCACAGGGCACCAAGGAGGAGUGCAGCCGCGCGCUGUCCGGGGCACCGUGCACCAAGCUGCACUUCAACAAGAUCAUCCAGAAGCACACGGACGAGUCGCUGGGGGACUGCUCCUUCCUCAACACCUGCUUCCACAUGGACACCUGCAAGUACGUCCACUACCAGGUGGACAGCAGCACGCAGACGACGCCGGUGACGACGACGCGCCCCAGCUCAACGUCUGCCGUAGUGCGCGGCCUGGGGCCAACGGUGCUGCACCCCCCGCAGUGGAUCCAGUGCGACCUCCGCUACUUCGACAUGAGCAUCCUGGGAAAGUUCUCGGUCGUCAUGGCGGACCCGCCCUGGGACAUCCACAUGGAGCUUCCUUACGGAACCAUGUCAGACGACGAAAUGCGGCAGCUCAACGUCCCGAGCCUGACGGACGACGGCCUGAUCUUCCUGUGGGUGACGGGGCGCGCCAUGGAGCUGGGCCGAGAGUGCCUCAAGCUGUGGGGCUAUGAGCGUUGUGACGAGCUCAUCUGGGUCAAGACAAACCAGCUGCAGCGCAUCAUCCGCACGGGGCGCACGGGCCACUGGCUCAACCACGGCAAGGAGCACUGCCUUGUGGGGGUCAAGGGAAACCCAAAGGAGGUGAACCGCGGCCUGGACUGCGACGUGAUUGUGGCCGAGGUGCGCGCCACGAGCCACAAGCCGGACGAGAUCUAUGGCAUCAUUGAGCGCCUCUCGCCGGGCACCCGCAAGAUCGAGCUGUUCGGCCGACCCCACAACGUGCAACCCAACUGGAUCACCCUCGGGAACCAGGUGGACGGCGUGCGGCUCACGGACCCGACGCUUAUUCACGAGUUCCGCAAGCUCUAUCCAGAUGGUGACUGCAUGAGGAAGCCCCAGUGAUGACCAAAGCUUUGAAUAUGCUGUGUCGUUUUUUUUUCCACGGUUACGGGCAGCUUAAACUGCUGGAACUGAGAUCGUGGAGGGAAUUCGGUCAUGCGGCGUGGAGUGGCAGAAGACCUUUUAGUGGAAGACAACAGUUUUCUUUUGUCAUCCACAGACUCUUUCACAUCGCUGCCGGUGACACCUUUCAAACCUUUUCUCGUUCUAUUGUGUGCAGUGGCCAAAUCGUUGACGACAUAUGGCAUUUGUCUCCUUUUGGAGAACCCCACUGGGGAACGGCAGACGGCAUUCCUUCGGGUGGCGUGGUUUCCUUGGGGCAACUUCCAGCGAAGUAUAUUGGCCUGAGGCGUUCCAGCCUCCCUUGCCUUGCUCAAACUUUCUGAAGGCGAGGUGUGCAAAAUUUUGAGUUUGUUUUCACGUGGCUCUUAAAUGAGCCGCAUGACAAGGUUUUGAGGGGUGCUGCAACUGUGGUUAUAUGGUGGCAUACCUUUUCCAGGCCACAAUGUCCCGCAGGAGCGAUUUCGUAAGUGGCCAUAGUAAGCCGUUCACAGAGUCGGGACUUGUGGUGAACGAGUCGGCUGCAAAGCUUGUGGAAACUCAAGUCUAGAUGCAACAACCGAUGCAGAGCUCAGGUUCUUUGGUGAAGUUUAGGUUCUGCAAUACUUGAAGCACCCGGAAAAGAGUUGCAUGUUUCGAUUUCAUAGGUACUCUUUCCUUUCAAAAUGUGAUCUAGCCCUUGGAAGGAAGUUUUUUUUUUUACUUUCAGAUCUUUUUUGGAGGGAUGAUGAUUGAGAAUUUUAUGGUGCACAAGCAACCUUUUUCUU